CACAAGCACUACACACACAACUUCCUGCUCAGUGUGUUGAUAAACACUGGCCACAUGCUCCACGAACUUUCACAUUUUAUCUCCGAAGAGAACGACUUUUUACAGUGUCUUAAUUCAGUAGCUUAGUGUUUUUAUCUGUUCCUACGAUGUUUCUGAAAUUGCACUAUGAGAAAUGAAUGGUUACACUGGUAAGGGCCCUGAUGGAUUUUAUACAAGCAUUAACCACAGUUAUUACAAAUAUCAUUUUGUCUGUCUCAGCACUGCAUGCUGCUUAUCAGCUAUUCAAGAACCACAGAGCAUCAUCAAUAGGCUUCCUCCUGAUAGGCUGCUCCUCUGUCCUCUCAGUUCUGUCUCAUACUUACCCACCAAUCGUCUCAAUCCAGAAGGAUCUAGAGUGGGCAGGUGAAACAUUUGGACCAGCGCUCUCUACAUUUGACUUCCUAUGGCUUAGCGAGGACCGCCUCACCGCCCGGAUCUUCCUGUUUGGCUCCACUCUUCUCCUAAUGCUCUCUGAUUGGUUAACGGCAGACGGAUUGAUCAUUAUGUCAUGCUGCCUGGCCUUCUCCUCCCUGUCGUGUUCACUCACUGUGUGUGCGUUUGCUGAAAAUGCAACAGGAGCGGUGGGGAGUGUAGCCCUUAGUGUGUCUUUAUUUGUGUCCUCAAGGAGUCGAUAUGGCUCUGUGGGUUCGCUCGUGUCUCCUGAGGUACGCCUCCUCGGCUGCACCCUUAAAAUAAUCACGGCAUUAGGAUGCUGGACCACUCGGAAGGCCCUUAAUAAAUACCUGCUUGAUUUGAAAGAUUGGAACUGAACCAUGUCAGUUUUCAGAGUGAAAUUUAUCCAGUUGACUGUGAAAAGCGGAGGCAUGCCGUAAAUUUUCUGGAUCUGUUGCUGUAAAAUCUGCAUCUCAGGAAAAAUGUAUGCCUUUUAUUCUCUGCUGGUGUACAUCUUCUACACUGUCUUCAAAAAGGAGGAGGAGGCAGAACUGGAAGGGGCCUGCGGAGGGUCUCCAGAGGAGCCUGGCCAUGUUUCCAUGGAAACAGAGAGCAAGGGGAAGGGUAGCCACUCCCCCAUAUUGAAGAAAAGGGGGUGUGCAGGACUGAGUGAUUCAAGCAGCAGUAGUGAUAGUGAUGGGGCGUCUCUCAGUGAUGAAGAUGAUGAUUUUGAAGAAGGUCACGGGAUACCUGCCAAAACACCUUUAACAGCCUUCCUGUCUUUCAAGCAUGAGGCAGAUAAAAAAAGAACCACUAAUGCCCAGACAGAAUCAAGUGAAAAGGUGACAGAGUCUCCACUGCUGUCGGUGAUGUCACACUUGUUGAGUUUCCUGGAGCAGUAUUCCCACCUGCAACAGCUGCAGCAGCAGGCCGAACAGUACCGCCUGCAGCUGCGCAGACACCGCGCCCAGCAACGCAAAAAAAUGAAGGCCCUGCGUGCAACCUACCGCCAACGGCUCAGGGACAAAAACAGUGUCAUAAACAGCCUGGAGGACGUGAUCGCUCAGCAACAGACUUCGUCGCCAGAAAAUGAAGCGUCUCCUGCAGGGCUGCAUAAGUUGGUGCAGUCUCUGUGCGGGUUGCAGGGAGAGAGGAGUCAGCUCAGAGGAGAACUGCGAACGCUUCAUUCCCAGCUUGAGCAGAGAGAGAGAGAUCGGCACACUAAAGUACAGGCUUUCCAGCAGCAGAUUGAUGAGCUGAAGACCUGCAUUGAGGAAAGAGAAGAAGAGCUAUCCAAACUUAGAGUAACAUCGGGAGUAACAGACUCAGAAAAGCGUGUGCUUUGUUUGUCAGUGGAGAAUGAGAGUUUGAAACACAGUCUUUCAGUGACACAGGGUCUCUUACAGCAGCUGUCAGUCAUCCCAUCCCAGUCAAGUUCUGUUCUUAUAAAGGAAAAUGAGAACCUGCGCAGUCGUGUUCUGCAGCUGGAGAGUUGUUUGCAGCAGCGGGCGGAGCAGCUGUCUCGUGUGGAGCACCAGAGGGAGCAGAGCGAGUGGAGGAGAGCCGAGGAGCUGAAGAGAAGAGAGGACAGCGUCAGAGAGCUACAGCUGGAACUUGACAAAGAACGCAACAAGGCCCCUGUGGUUAAAUACGUUACUCAAACUGUGGAGGUGGAAUCGCCUUCAACUCUACGACAACUAGCUGAAGCCAGACACCAAAAUGAAGAGCUAUCUGAGAAGCUUACAAAUCAAAGAGAAAGAUGCCGACAGCUGGAGGAAAACAUCAGGCGCUCAGAUGAAGUCAGCUGCAAUUUGCAACAUAAGAUUGCGGCAUAUGAGAGGGAGAUUGGUACCCUAAGGGAAGAGCUGUUGAAGGAGAUUGUGCAUCUUGAAGAAAAGAAAGAGGCAGCUGUGAAAGCAGCAGCUAACUGCUCUGAGGAACAUCUUCAGAGCCUACAGGACCAGUUCACAACUCUCCAGAGGCGUUUAAGUGCUCUCCCGCCUACCUUACGCUCCAUGAAGACGGACUACGCCAGUUUGCGCAGUCAGGUCCGCAACUUUUCCGACUUCUACGGAUCAGCUAUCAAAGAAGCCAAGAAACAGAUUACGGCAGCUAUAAAUGAGAUGUCAGAGGCCAAUAAAGACCUUCUGGAAAAAUACAGAAAAGAGGUGGCACUCCGCAGGAAGUACCACGAGCAGUUGGUUGAACUUAAAGGUAAUAUCCGUGUGCUUUGCCGUGUGAAGCCGGUACUGAAGGAAGAUCAACAUGAUGAAGGCCAAGCAGUGGUUGUGACAACAGACCCCAAUAAUGAAUCUGCACUCACCGUUUUAAGCAAAGGAAAAGACAAAAACUUUGAGCUGGAUAAAGUAUUUCACCCUCAGGCCACUCAAGAAGAAGUGUUCCAGGAAAUUGAGCCGCUUAUCACAUCUUGUAUCGAUGGAUAUCAUGUCUGCAUAUUCGCUUAUGGCCAGACAGGAUCUGGCAAAACCUACACAAUGGAGGGUACCGUCGAGAACCCCGGCAUCAACCAGCGAGCCCUGAAACACCUUUUCAAUGAAAUUGAGGAAAGAAAAGACAUGUGGACAUACAAUGUCAGUGUCAGUUCAGUGGAAAUAUACAACGAGGUCUUGAGAGAUCUGCUUAGUAAAGAUGGAGAGAAGCUGGACAUCAAGAUCAACCCUGAUGGGACAGGUCAACUACACGUGCCAGGACUCAGGGUCAUGGAGGUCAAAAGUUUCCAGCAUAUCAAGAAAAUUUUGGCCAUAGCUCGAAAAAACCGAAUUACAUUUGGCACACAGAUGAACCAGCACAGCUCUCGUUCACAUGCCUUGCUUACUGUUACUGUGCUGGGCACAGACCUCGCCAAUGGAGCCAAAACCACCGGUAAGCUGAAUCUUGUGGAUCUGGCUGGUUCAGAGAGAGUGUGGAAGUCCGGAGCAGAGGGCGAGAGACUAAAAGAAGCCCAGAAUAUCAACCGUUCACUGUUAGCUUUAGGAGAUGUGAUCCAGGCUCUGAAAGCCCACCAGACUCACAUACCAUUCAGAAACUCACGACUCACCUACCUACUGCAGGACUCACUGGGAAAAGGCAACAAAACCGCCAUGGUUGUGCAGGUUUCUUCUCUCGAGAGUAACGUGGGAGAGACCCUGUGCUCGCUAAAGUUUGCCCAGAAGGUCUGCAAGGUGGAGCUGGGCCCUGCUGCACGGAAAAUUGAGACAGGAGGGCAUAAUGAAACCAAAAGUUAGCCAUCAAACCCUCUACAGCUCCUGGCUGAGGCUUCCGAACCUAUUCAAGGGCUACAAGUCUGGAAGCUUCAAUGGUGCCACAUUAUAGCAAUGAGAACAAACAUGGUGCCGUGAUGGAGUUCCUUCUUCCUCCUGCUGCACAGCAGUAGUGG